AUGUUGACGAGAGCGGCCCGCCUACGCGCACGACUACCACCUCCGGGAUCGUCGCUCAGCUCCGCCUCGCCGCCGCCGGACCCCGGACCACCAGUGAUACCGGCGGCUGCAGCUGCGUCGUACUACUUCUCUCCGCCGACGUCGCCACCACCUGUACGUCGGCAGGGGAGACGCCGGCCACCGACGGGCUUGGGAUCGGGGGACCAUCAGGUCCCUAGCAGGGUCCCCGCUACCGGUGGUUGUGUGCAGCGCAUGAGAUGGACUCAGAAAAUGAAUGAGAACGUCAUGCGCGCAUACUACGGGUCCACAGAGGGAGGAACUAACCUCACUGCGUGCCGUGAUAGGAUGCUGUCUCUGUUCCAGGUGCUUGAGCCAGCCGUCAACGUAUCGGCCCAACGACUGUCGGAUCAGGUGCGGGUUAUCCAGCGCAAUCACAGACUGGACGACGCCGCACUUGAUCGGCUGCGCUUAGAGAUGCUGAGCAGCCCUAUGGUCACCACCUCGUCACAGGCCGCGGUGCCACCGCCACCUUCAGGCGGAGUCACGCCGCGGUCCAAUCUCGUUGAACGGGAUGAGGACAAUAGGGUUGUAACGAACACCGGUUCGACUGACAAGGAGGUGUGCGCGAAUGUGGUGAAGGAGUUGCGUAUGAACAUCACUGCUGACCAGCUGCAACGGGAACUUCAGGAUGCGAGCAGAUCUAAACUACCACAUGCGCCGUUGCAGAAAGGGGCUGAACGUCUUCUACAGCACCUGUACGAGAAGGGGAUCAAGUUCGCGCUGGCUACCAAUUCCUCGCGGAGAGCAGUCAGACUCCACAUGGCUGCGAAGCCUCAAAUAUUCAGACUGUUCAAUCACAUGGUGUGUGCGACUGACCCGGAUGUCGAUCGCGGAAAGCCGUUCCCUGAUAUCUACCUGAUGGCUGCUGCCAAGUUCCCAGAUAACCCGAAGCCUAUCAAGUGCCUCGUGUUCGAAGAUUCACUAGUUGGCUUAGAAGCUGGACUGGCAGCAGGAAUGCAGGUUGUGCUGACACCCCCAUCACGCUUGCCACCUCAGGUCGCUCGAAGAGCAACACUGGUACUCAAAUCCCUUCAGGAUUUCAAGCCGGAAUACUUUGGUUUACCGCCUUUUUCUGACGACGACAAAAAACAGCCAAAAUCAUCGCUCACAAACUAGCUUAGAUUAGGUAACUUUCGCGUUAGUGAAUUUAGUAGUAUCUUUAUUUUUGUAGGCUGGCAAUCUUUUUAGUAGAAACUUACUUUUAUGACUGCAUAUUUUUUAAGUUAACAUAGGUAUUUAGCCAAGUUUUAUGUAGACAUAUGUUGCUAAUUUUUGCUACAUUUUAAUGCUUGUCGGUU